CGAAGCUGAAAAAGGGAAAGAAAGACGAAAAGGCGACGCGUGGGCCAGUUGGAAAGAUCCGAGGAAGAAAGAGCAAAAGACCCCGCUGCGCCACUUCGUCACCAGCAGUGUGUAGUUGGCCUGGGAUCCCUUGCAUUUCAUUAUCCAUCAACUCGCCGAGAUCAUGUCCAAGCCUUCUCCCCGUGUGGUGCUGGUGAGAUCUCUCACACACGGCAAAUGAAUACAGGCGAGCACGUGAGCGCUGCAUCUCAGCGCAAUUGGAUGUAUGUGUGUGUUGCAAGGUGACUGGAGCCAGUGGCGGUAUUGGCAACGCGGCGGCCAUCGCAUUCGCGGAGAAGGGCGACACUGUGGCCGUCCAUUACUCGGGCAAGCGUAUAGCAAACUAUCUUCUCGCGUCAUGCAGCAUCCAUGCACGUGUGUGUCUUUCGCUGAUUUCCAGCUAGCGAGGCCAAGGCCAAGGCGACGCUCGAGGCCGUCGAGAAGGCGGGCGGCAGCGGGGCCCUCUUCCAAGCCGACCUCUCACGCGUCAGUGAGAUACGACGGCUCUACGAUGAGGUGGGGUGUGUUGGGACGGGAUCUGAGGCCGUCCUUUCAUUCUUGGUUGUGUUGUGUUGUGCAGGUGUAUGCUCGGUUCGGCCGUGUGGACGUAGUGUUCAACAACAGUGGCGCGGGAGCGGAGGCACUUAUACAGGACACAUCAGAGGAGCAAUAUGACAGGUAGUUGUGCAUGGUGAAUGCAAGCCGCUGUCCUAAUGAAUGAAUGAAUGAAUCGAUGGCUUCUUCUCUCCCUCUCCCUCUUCCUGCAUUCUCUUAGAAUGUUUGAUCUUAACGUCAAGGGCACGUUCUUCUCGCUGCAGGAGGCCAUCAAGCGCAUGGGCCAGGGGGGCGUCAUCAUCAACAACAGCAGCGUCCUCGGCAGCCACCCCAUGGCCACCACUGGGUGCUACUGCGGCAGCAAGGCGGCGGUCUCCAUGCUCACCAAGUGUGCCGCCAAGGAAGCCGGUGAGAAGGGCAUCCGAGUCAACGCUGUCGCCCCUGGGCCAGUGCUGCCUGGUGAGUCAGUCUGGAUCCGCGUUCAAUCAUUGUCUGUCUGUGUGGAGCGUGUGUUUGUGUGAUGUGAUACAUGCAGGUAUGGUGGGAGAGGAUAUGGUGAAUCGGAUGGUGAAUCUGUCUCCCUUCAAGAGGAUCGGCGAGGCGAUGGAGGUGGGCCGGCUGUGUGUGGCCAUCGCCAGCGACGACAUGAGCUGGGUGUCGGGUCAGAUUAUCGGCGUCGACGGGGCGGCAUUCUGCUGAGCAGAGAUAGACUGAUGGCGCUGAUAGCAUUGUGCAGUGUGGCUUUUAUCCCCUGGCUAGCUAGCUGCGUGUGACGACGGGUAUUUUCUGAAGGCUGUGUGUGUAGCUAAGAUCACUGUGUGCAGAGGGAGGGGUGUGUGCAGUGCUCAUGUGGGUGGGUGGGUGGUUGGGGGGCUGUGUUGUCGAUAGAUGACCAUUGCUGCUGAUGGGCGACAUUCGUUAGCAACGUUGCGGACGAUCCUUUGCUCAAAGAGCUACCUGAGUCA